AUGGAUAAGUUCUUGAAAAGGAAAAAUGCCAACUCUGAGCAAGGCCCUGCAAAUAAUUCAAACGAAGAGCCUGGUGUGAGUGGUGAACAAAAAAAAACAAAAAUGGUGAGCUCAAGGCAAUACAACGAAAGUUAUCUUUCAUUUGGAUUUACUUUCACCGGGGAUCCGACUGCACCUACACCGUUAUGUUUGGUGUGUGGGGAAAAGCUAUCCAACCAUGCCAUGGUCCCAAGCAAGCUUAAACGCCAUCUCCAAACAAAACACCAGUCACUUCAAAACAAGAACACAGAAUAUUUUGUUCGCCUGCGUAAACACAAUGAGAAGCAGGGAAUUUUAAUGAAAAAAAAUGCAAAGGUGUCUGAGAGAGCUCUCAAAGCUAGCUACUUAGUAGCUGAACUCGUAGCCAAAUCAAAAAAGCCACACACUAUAGCAGAGACAUUAAUACUACCUGCCUGCAAAGCCAUUGUGGCUGAGAUGCUUAGCCCUGACGCGGUUAAAGAAGUAGCCAAAGUCCCACUCUCAGAUAACACAAUUGCUCGACGUAUUGAUGACAUGUCUGCUGACAUUGAAAGUGUUGUUUUGGAAAAGAUACACAUCAGUGGGAAAUUUGCACUGCAACUUGAUGAGUCUACGGACAUUAGUGGACAUGCUCAACUCUUGGCCAAUGUGCGCUUUUUGGAUGGAGACGCCAUCAGAGAAAACUUCCUAUUUUGCAAGGCAUUACCAGAAAAAACAACAGGAGAGGAAAUUUUUCGGGUCACAUCAGAUUAUCUUGAACAAGGUGGACUUAAGUGGGAAAACUGCACGAGUGUCUGCACUGAUAGGGCUGCAGCUAUGGUCGGGCGCACAAAAGGCUUUGUUAGCAGAGUGAAAGAGAAACAACCAGAUGUUAUUGUUACACACUGUUUUUUGCACCGCGAGGCGCUUGUUGCCAAGACUUUACCAGCAGACCUAGCUUCUGUGUUGGAUGAUGUUGUGCGCAUGGUAAACUUUGUAAAGUCAAGGCCUCUGAAAAGCCGCAUAUUUGCAUCAUUGUGUGAAGAAAUGGGUGCAGAGCAUAACGCCUUAUUGCUCCAUACGGAGGUCCGAUGGUUGUCGCGCGGCAAAGUGCUGGCCCGUGUUUAUGAGCUACGGGAGGAACUAAAAGUGUUUUUGACUAAUGAGAGAUGCGAUGACGCAAAGCAGCUUGCAAGUGAUGAGUGGUGUGCAAGGCUGGCAUACUUGGCAGAUAUGUUUCAGCAUCUGAAUGAACUGAACACACGAAUGCAAGACCGAAAUGAAAACCUGCUCACAAGCACAGAUAAAAUUAACGGAUUCCGUUCAAAGCUGAACCUCUGGCGACAACAUCUGGAAAGUGACAACAUUGACAUUUUCCCACUCACCCAGAAAUGUCAAGGAGAUGUCAACACUUCUGUGCUGUUUGAGAUAAUUGGUAAACAUUUGAAAACCCUUGAGGAGAAGUUGUCAUUUUAUUUCCCCUCAACCUCCACUGAAUGCCUUGACUGGGUUAGAGACCCAUAUAGCUCAGGAGCAGUUUUUGGAAAGGACAUGACUUUGCAGGAACAAGAGGAACUAACUGUACUGAGACAAGACCGUGGUUUAAAGCUAAGCUUUGCUGAUCUACCUUUGGACAGUUUUUGGCUGACUGCUGCCAAGGAGUUCCCCAUUCUGGCAAACAAAGCUUUUUCAACAUUGCUCUCAUUUUCCACAACAUAUCUCUGUGAACUGAGCUUUUCAAGCAUGACUGCUAUAAAAACUAAAAACAGAGAGAUACUGAGGGCUGUUGAGGAAGAGCUUCGUGUGUGCCUUUCUUCAGUUCCUGCCAGGAUAUCGGCUUUGUGUUUAUCUAAACAGGCCCAGGUUUCACACUGA